AUGCAUCCUCAGUUUCACCAACAUCGACGUCAGGCACCGGCAAAAGUUCACGACAACUACUCGGAUACUAAGGGUGCCUUCUUUGUUGAUGCAGCUGGACCAGUGAACGGCAAAUACACAGUAAGCGUCAUUCGUUGUGAAAAACAGGUGAAUAUUAUAUCAGCCCAGGACACAGACACAAAUAGUGCCUUGUCUUCGGCAUCCCGUGAGCAGUACCAUUCCCUCGUGUCCGUACAAGGUGGACUGCAUUCCUGCCGACAGUGCACCUAUGUGACCAAGUAUAGUGCAAACAUCAAAACACACCUUCGCAAACACACCGGCGAGCGGCCCUUCCAGUGCCACUUGUGUCCAGCUGCAUUCGUUCGGGACAGGAAUCUCGCAGGACAUAUUCGUACGCACACAGGAGAGCGUCCCUAUUCCUGUGACGUAUGCAGUGCAUCGUUCUCAGAAAGAUCAAACCUCAAGAGACACAUGCACACCCACACAGGAGAGCGUCCAUUUUGUUGUGACCACUGCAAUAAGUCUUUUUCACAUAAAGACACCCUUGUUCGCCACAUGCGCAUCCACACCGGGGAGCGCCCUUUUUCUUGUGACUGCUGCAGUGCAUCAUUCUCACAGAAAAGCGGCCUCGUGGUCCACAAGCGCCUCCACACCGGGGAGCGCCCUUUUUCCUGUGACCAUUGCAACGCAUCAUUUUUGGAUAAAUCGAACCUCAUACGCCAUAUGCGUACCCACACAGGAGAGCGUCCUUUUUCCUGCGAUCAAUGCGGUGCAUCGUUCUCGCAUAAAAUCGUCCUGGUGAGACACAUGCGCACCCACACUGGGGAGCGUCCAUUUUGCUGUGACCACUGCAAUGCGUCUUUUUCACAUAAAGACGGCCUUGUUCGCCAUAUGCGCAUCCACACAGGAAAGCGGCUUUUUUCCUGUGACCACUGCAGCGCAUCCUUCUCACGGAAUCUGGAUCUCAAACAGCACGUGUCCCGUCGUCAUGCCAACAAGAAGCGAAUAAAGAGGCCAAGUGUGGUCGGAGAUGAAAGAAUGGGCAGCUGCCUAAAUUGUUUACUUGAGUGUUUUGAGAACCUUUCAUUUAGUACCAGUGCAACAGUUUGUGGCAUGCAUGAAAACUCCUGGCUGGACUCCGCUGCCGCUAGUGCCUGUGCAGCUCCUCAAGCUGCAUCCAAUCAGUUUGGCAGCCUCAAACAUUGCCAGUGCCUUCCCAACAAUCUCCGCCCUCUGCCUGCUCAAGUUCUGUCAAAGCGGCAGCCAAGGUUAAAGCCAAAGCCAAAUUCAGAGUUCCUACAGCCUGCAUCGCACCUCCUGCUUGAAAACAUGCUGUGA